AUGAUGAUCAGCCCUAAGAAGCUUAUGAAGAUAGCAAGAAACUGGCCCAAAUUGGCAGCUCUAAACGGGAGAAAAAUCUCCUUUCCCAGCAUUACGUCGUAUGAAGGUUGUACGACAACAACAUCGUCGUCGUUUGUGGUUGAAAAAGGUCAUUUCGUGGUGUACACCACGGACGAGAAGCGCUUUGUGAUGCCGUUGGCUUAUCUAAACGACAACAUUUUGCGAGAGCUGUUCAAGAUGUCGGAACAAGAGUUUGGACUGUCGAGUCGUGGCCCUAUAACGCUGCCGUGCGAUGCAGUCUUCAUGGAGUACGUCGUCAACCUCAUUCGACGAGGCGUCGCCAAAGAUUUGGAGAUGGCUUUGAUUCGUUCCAUGAAUACUACUGGCUGCUCCUUCAUCUCAUCAUCUAAUUUUCAUGAAGAAAGAUUUGCAACCCAACAAGUCUGCUAG